ACCUCUACCUCGUCUUGUGGGAGAGAGAGAGAGAGAGAGAGAGAGCCGGAGAGACACGGAGCUAGGAAAACAAAACUUCGAAUCUCAGAGAACAAGUCUUUUAAUGCCAUCAUCGAAUCUGAAUAUCAUAGUUCUUCAAAUUGUUGUGCCGUGCCAAUGGGCGCGCACGUAGCCAGGCUUGUGCGCGCACCAGCAGCAGCUCCAGCUCCGCCUUCAUUCCUCAUAUUGCUGAUCAUCUUCUCAUGUCUGGUGGUGCCUAACCUCAGUCUCACAGAUUCAGAAAUCCUGCUCAAGUUCAGGGACAGCCUAGCAAACACCACGGCUCUUGCAAGUUGGAACCUAUCCGUGAACCCAUGUUCCGGGGAUAACGGGAAAUGGAUUGGGGUGCGCUGCUCGGGAGGGAGCGUUUCGGGACUGAAGCUGGAGAACACGGGCCUCAAGGGUUCCAUUGACGUGGAUAUCCUGCAGUUGUUGCCCCAUCUGCGUUCCAUCAGCUUCAUGCAUAAUGAGUUUCAGGGUCCGCUGCCCCGCCUACGAGUGCUUGGUGCAUUGAAGUCGGUUUUCCUAUCGAACAACCGAUUCUCUGGUGAGAUCCCAGGCGAUGCAUUUGUGGGUAUGGGUUCUCUGAAGAAGGUAUACUUGGCCAAUAAUGAGCUAACAGGUAGCAUCCCUUCCUCGCUCAUAACCUUGACUAGACUUUUGGAGUUGAGGAUUGAAGGCAACCAAUUUCAAGGCCGUAUACCCGAUUUUCAGCAGAAGGGUUUGAAACUGGUCAACGUGUCCAACAACGAAUUGGAGGGUCCAAUACCUCACAGACUGAGCAAGAUGGAUAUCAGCUCAUUUUCCGGCAAUGAUGGUCUAUGUGGACAGCCCCUAGAGUCAUGUGAAUCGAGACAGAGAAGGGCGUAUGUCUUCAGAGUUGCCAUAAGUGUUUUCGUGGCAGGGCUGCUGCUAGGAUUUGUCAUUGGAGCUCUCAUCAUAUAUCGGCGGAGAAGGCGAACCUCCUCGCAGUUGGACUUGACCUCGUCAUUUAACGACCACCAUGAAAGCAAGUCGGCGCCCACAUGCAGGAACCAAGGGACACCUGCAGGCGUGCAGCCAGCAGCCACCAACCGGGGUGCAAGUAAAGUUGAGCAGAAGCUCCAACUGUCUUUUGUGGGUGAUGAUAGAGAGAGAUUCGAUUUGCAAGACCUGCUAAGAGCAUCUGCCGAAGUGCUGGGGAGUGGUAACUUUGGAUCCUCAUACAAGGCCAUCAUUAUGAAUGGGCAAGCCCUGGUGGUGAAGCGAUACAAGCAAAUGAACAACGUGGGAAGAGAAGAGUUCAAUGAACAGAUGAGAAGACUAGGAAGGUUAAAGCACCCAAAUCUGCUGCCCCUUGUGGCAUACUACUACAGGAGAGAAGAGAAGCUACUAGUCUAUGACUUCGUUCCUAAUGGGAGCUUAGCCAGUCACCUUCACGGGAACCAGGCAGGGCUUGAUUGGAAAACCCGGUUGCAUAUCAUCAAAGGGGUGGCCAGGGGACUGGCAUACCUUUACACUGAAUUUCCCAGCCUACUUAUCCCCCACGGUCACCUCAAGUCCUCCAAUGUCCUCCUUGACGACUUCUAUGAGCCACUUUUGACCGAUUAUGCCUUGGCGCCAGUCACCAACCCUGAGCAUUCCCGGCAGCUCCUGGUAGCAUACAAAUCACCCGAGUGCACCCUGCCACAGGGCCAUGUGAACAAGAAGACGGACAUUUGGAGCCUCGGGACGCUGAUCCUUGAGAUGUUAACAGGCAGGUUCCCUGUGAGCUACAUAGCACAUGAUAAGGACGCUGACUUAGCAACCUGGGUGAUGUCGACUGUCAACGAUGAAAGGACCAGUGCGGUGUUCGACAAGGAGAUGAGAGGAACCAAGAACUGUAAAGGUGAGAUGAUCAAACUCUUGAAGAUUGGGUUAAGUUGUUGCGAAAGGGAUGAGGAGAGGAGAUUAAGCAUCUCCGAAGUUGUUGGCAAAAUUGAGGAGUUGAGAGAUUGCGACGCACCAACAUCAGAUGCUCCUUCUUAUGCCUCUAGAACCAUCAUUGACGACGACUUAAAUCGCUGAUUUUAUGUCCAGAUCCAGGAACAAUGUCGCCCAACUCAACCCUUUCUCAAUAAUUUUCGUCUUUGUUUCUUUUCUCUUCUCCCUCCCUUCCAUCUGGGAUUUGUAGAAUAAUGUAGGUUUGAUAAAUGACUUCUGCGUAUCAUCAUUGUUACAAAUCAACUUUUUUUUCCCUAGACUUCCAUCAAUGAUUUACUUAAGUUUUCUGCAUGGCAUGAAUUUCCCUCACCAGCUCACCUUUGGUCUAUCCAUUGGUGAGCCAUAGUCUUUUCCAU